UGUCCCACUACUGGUUUGAAGCUUGUAUGGGAAGAAGACUAUUAAGUGUAGCAGCGGUGUCUGACCUCAUAGUGUGCAUGAGCUCGGUAAAAAAUAAUAACAAAUAAAAAAAAAAAAGACACACAUAAUGUCAAAGUAAGCGCGCGUGCUCUCUUUAACAUUCUCAGCUGCUUUGAAACCAUUUUUGAAUAUAGCUCGCGCGUGUCUCCCCUAACUAACAUCACACGGUAAAACGUUCAGUUUUUUUUUUUUUUUUUUUUCUUUUUUUGUGACAGUCCACAAUGGACGAGGACACCAGUGUCUCGUCUGACUUGAGGGAUUUAGAGACAAAGUUGGGUCGAAAAGUUCCGGAUAGUCUCGUUAGGUCGCUGGCAGGAGGAAAACACGGCGACAAGCACGAGAAGUCGGCAGCGCCUCAUUUAGCGAGUUGCAAAUUUUAUGGCAAUUCCGGGGACUUGAAGAGACUGGAGAGUAAAAUGCUGUUCCUGAGACAAGAAAUGGCAAAUCUACGUGCAAUCGAUGUGAAGCUGAUGCAUCAGCUCAUGUCAAUCAACGAGGGCAUUGAGUCCAUCCGUUGGAUGAUAGAAGACAAAGGAGGCAUUGCCAGCCAAGAGGGAAGCCUGACAGGGAGCCUUUACAGCCUGUCUGACAGCCAGGACGGUGCCUCGCUGCGAGGCAGCUUCAACAGUCUGAACGAUGCGAACAGUGAUGGGCUGGAUGGACUCUCUGUGGGUAGUUACCUGGACACUCUAGCAGAAGACAUCCCAGAUGACCCAUCGCCUACAGACCUUGAUUGUUUUGUGGAUAAAACUGCAAUUGAUGGCGAUGCCUUCACCAAAUCACCCCUGAAACUCCGAGUGGAAUCAGACGAAUACUACUGCUUCGGAUAAUAGAGAUAAGCUUGACGAAGUGGUCAUUGACACUAUUAUUUUUCUGUCCCACAUGUUUACUUUUCUCAGAUUUUAGCAACAGCCUUGUUGUCUCGAAGUGAUGUUUUUACCUUGAAACCAUUUUUUCCAUAUGGAUUGGAGAUAGCAGCUCAAACCAUUGCUUUUAAAUGUAACACCACUUACAAGAGAAAACAUCCCAAUAGCAACCAGUUCUUUAUUUUAUAAUGCAGUUUAAGGACAUUUAAAAAAGUGCUUUGUUACUGUGUCUAAUACCUCAUUGCUUUCAGCUUUCAGUCUUUUUAUUCUAAAAGUAAUGAAGACAGGGUGCACAAAUGUGGCAACAUCAGCUAAAAAAUUUUCCUCUCCAUUUGUGGAAAACUUCACUCAGACUUGGAGAUAGGUCGACAACAGUCAUCUGAUCUGAGUAAAGGAGAAAAAUAGGAUUUGCAGCCAUUUGGAAAAUUGGACAUUUCAUGCUGAGUGAUUUGGGAGUAGUAAAGUGAUUAGUUUAAGUGUCAUAUCAAGUGCAAUUUUUUUCCCCCUCCAUGCAAAAUUCUGAGCGCUACUUACUUAAAAUUGUAAUUAUUAUUACUAAUGGAAGUCCAUAAGCUAUAGCUACUCAGCAUUAGUAGAAGGUUCAGCCUCUAGUCAGACACACAAGAGAUUAGUUGCACAUUCAAAGCACAGAUGCCUGACUGAAAAACCAAAGAUAUACGAUUGUCUUGGAGAUCCUUUGGGCCUGAGGCCAAACCGCACUAGCACCAGAUGGGGAAUUUGUCGAUGGGGGCGUGGGGGGGGGGGGGGGGGGGGGGGGGGGGGGGGCAUAUGUGAAACACAUGCUUUGCUUUGAGGACACAUUUUAAUUCUGUGCUGUUACAAAGUUUUCAGAAGAGCUAUACAAUGCUGUACAGGGAUGUGUCGUUUUGUUUUUUAGCUUUAAACCCUUAAUGUUGAUUUUUUUUUUUCAUUUGUAUUUUAUGAUGUCUGCUUUUGAAAGGAAAAAAAAAGUGGUUUUUAUUGAUUGCAAUUAAUGUUGUGGAAAUGAAAUAAUAUAUUGUGAAUUUCCUCCUGCUUGCGUUGUGUGAAGUUUGUUUUAAUGCAAAAAGAACAAAGUAAAAGGCCAUUUCCAAACCUCAUUAUGAAAUCAUUUCAAUGAGAUGGAACAUGAGCAAUGUGUUGCUUUCCUGUUUUUUUUUUUGUCAAUUAAAGUAAGAAAUAAUGUCUUUCUAAUGGAGCCAGACUUUGUGAUGCCCUGUGUAAUGUGACGUGGUAAAUGACCCAUCUUAACUCACAUCCGCUUUGUUCUAAAUUUGGCAAAUGGCUCCUCAUUUGCAACGGUCCAGCAUUUGUUAUAUUUAAGGUUGCAUAGCUAGCAUUUUCAAAGGCAGCGACAUUUUAGCAAAGGCUUGUAAGUGUGUAUCAUCUGAGAGGAAUGAUAGGGCUCUGUAAUAUGUAAAUAAUCAUCCCAAGCAAAAGCAAAGCAGAGUUGGGUUUGAAAUGUCAACCAUGUAGAAUAGUUGAUUGCCUCUUAUGGUAUUCUCAUUUAUAUUGCAUCCUGCUUCUUAUCUUUCAUGUGAUAAUUGAAUUUCCAGAAGGAGCACACAGGGGAAAGUCAUUUUAGGAAAUACGAGAGCCUCAACCUCUGGCAAAUGAAAAAGAGACCAUGGGUGACAGUACUUUGGUCGUUUGUAGACUGGGAUCUAACAGAGAGGACUUUGUUUUGGAAAUACUGCAUUGUUAAAUUAGUCUUCAAUUAUUCAUGUCACCCGUAGAGCUGUCUCAUGUUCCAGCUUCUCCUUACUUGGAAAUGGCGUUCCUGAAGUCACGGAUUAAGGAUUUUUGUGGGUGAUUUCUACAUGGGUGAUAGUGUUCCUGUUUUAUUUGAAAUGUUUAAAAAAAUGUAUUGUUACAUUGGGUCCAGACAGAUGUAAGCGCUUUAUCCAGGCAUGUUAAGCAUACUUGCAAUUUUGUCUCACUCCAAGAGCAAAGCAGCUUUAUUUGGUUCUAUGCUUCUUUUCCUUAUCUCCACCUCCCAGAGGCUUUGCAAAACUUAAGCCCCCUGUCAAGCUGAACCAGACCACUAAACCAAAAAAAAAAAAACUCUGAAUGGCAGCAUGACAGCCUUGUCAACACUUCAGUUAAAAACACACUAAAAAACUCUCUUUACUUCCCCAAAUGUCAUGUCCAAACAAAUGUAACUAUGCACUGACUAAUAUCGCUCGGAGGUAAAUGCUGAGACUGGAGCUAGUGGCCUUGGACAUACAGAACAGGUUUUGUGAGUUUAUGUUGUAAUAGGUCUGAGUCAAAAUUCCUGGGAGCUAUAUGGUACACUACACAUGAACAGGAGUUGCCUUUUGCGUCUUUUACUGGCUUUAUAAGUGUACAUUUUCUACAUGAAAGAGAAAAGAAAUUGACCAAAGUUCUGUGGUGGAGACAAGUGGUGUCUGUCAGUGAAGCAGCAAGUCACAUUUGGGAAAAUUUACAUGGAUGUUUGUUUUUGCAUCUGCUUCAAACUUAAACAUAUCCUCAUUCCAAGUAAAAACCAAAUACAGUCUAUUAUCAUUUUCCCUGUAGACAAAAAAAAAAAGAAAAACCUUCUAGUUCACAUUAAAGUCAAGUAAAGCUAACCCACAUUUGUCUCCUGUUAGAUAUUAAAGUCA